AUGGCUCCUUCCACUGAGCCUACAGCUCUUCUAUCCCAUCUGCACCGAACGGACGGCUCUGCAACUUUUUCACAAAAUGGAUAUACAGUUAUUGGAGCAGUCAAUGGACCUCUUGAGGCUGGACGACGCGAAGAACUUCCAGAAGAAGCUGUGGUGGACGUAAUUGUGCGACCCGCGGCUGGUGUUGCUGGUACACGGGAGCGGCAACUGGAGUCCAUUCUCCAGUCCACCCUCCGCCAAAUUAUCCUCAUUAAUAACUUCCCUCGAAGCCUCAUCCAAGUUACGCUACAGAUCACGAGCACCCCAGAGAAUGAAAAUGCGGGGUCAAAACUGGUACAAGCAGCUUCGAAUCUACCUAUCCUCCCCGCGCUCCUUCAAACUGCUAUCCUAGCUUUAUUGUCAGCCUCGAUGCCUCUGACUAUGACUGCGACUUCAGCCUUCCUUGCUCUCACUUCUGAUGGGUCAGCGAGGAGUAUCAUCACAAAUCCGACCAUCGUCCAAUGCGAAAGCGCAGACUCUGUCCACGUGUUGGCCUUCACAUCUCAUGGUGAUCUUCUGGUCGCAGAAAGUGAGGGAAGUUUUAGCUUGCAGGACUGGGAGACUGUGUUCAAAGCGGCAAAGUCCAUAUGCUGCGACGACUCAAAAACAAAUGUGGACCACUCAGUAAUGCAAGAUGGUGAACUUGGUGAUGAAAAGGGAGGAAUGAUGAACUUCGUCAAGUCGACUCUACAGACAAAAAUCACUGCAGAUCUUCAUUGGAAAGACUGA